UGUGACAGAAAAAAAAAUGGCCGCCUCCAUCCAGCGUUUCGCGAAGGUUUUUUGCGGUCUAUCGCCUUCAAUUUUCUAUCCAUUACGACACUGUCAGAGGGUACCUGGAAGACGAUGCUUGCCCCCCUCUCUAUUUAUAACCCCAAGUCAGCCUUUCUGCAAAUCAGCAUCACACCAGGAUGAGGACGCCGCUCACACUGCUGAGAUUCUCUCCCGCUACAAGGACAGACCCUGGGAUUACCUGGAGAGUGAAGAGUACAUUAAGAGAUAUGGAGACAGUCAGGUGUGGACAGGCUACAGGAGGAACCACAAGGGAGGCAUUCCCCCACAGAAGACACGCAAGACCUGCAUUAGAGGAGACAAGAUAUGUGGAAACCCCUGUCCAAUCUGUCGGGAUCAAAACAUUAUCAUCCACCAUCAGAAUGUGAAAUUACUGCAGCAGUUCAUUAGCCCCCACACUGGAAUGGUGUAUGAUCCCACUCGGACCGGUGUCUGUAUGAAACAGCAGAAGAAGCUAAACGAGGCCAUCGACACAGCACGAGAUCAGGGCUUACUUUCCUUUCAGAUUCCCCAUGUGGAAUUUUCCGGAGAGGACUACUCCAAUUCCCAUGAUGCUGUGGGCUCCACACCACCUCCCCCAUCCUUAACCUCUGGCGACAUCUGGUAUAAAUGGUACGGUGAAAUAAUGGCUGAUGAGAAAGAAGUGGCCAAAGUCAAGAAGAUAUACAAGGCUUACUUAAAGUGAUGGGGACUACAGAGCUAGUCCUGUCCCAUGGAGACAAUAGCUGUAACCUCAGUUCACUUUGAUUUGCUCUUCAUAUGUACAAGUCUUUCUGUUUUCAUAUUCCACAGAUGUGCUCAAAUAAAACUGCAAAAAUAAA